UUCAAAAAAAUAGUUAUAUUUAACACAAGGUUUUUCUUUAAAAUUUUUUAUAAAGGAGAUGGUUCAACGUCGCAAAUUUUAGUAUUUGUUCGUGUCAUUACUUUACCAGUGCACUCAAUUGUUCAAGUUUUGUUGAUUUUUUUAAAAAUGAUGCCAGAUGUUGAUAUGUCAAAUUACGAUAAAUUUGGCUGCUUGCACGAAUUAUUCAUCAAACAAGCUAAUAAAACACCAGAUAAAAUAGCUCUAGUAACAGCUGAUCACAAAAAAAUUACGUUUUAUGAGUUGAAUUCAAUAACUGAUAUAUUGGCAGAUAAAUUACGAUUAUGUGGAGUCAGACGAAACACAGUCGUUGGGAUUUUUAUGGAAAGGUGCAUCGAAUACACCAUCAGUUACAUAGCUAUUUUAAAAGCAGGAGGAGCCUACCUACCAAUAGAGAUGUCCUACCCUAAACCAUGAAUUCAAUCCAUAUUACAAGAUGCUAAACCAGUUGCAAUCUGUAGCAAGCGUUCUUAUGGUCAUUUACUCAACACUGAUACAACAACAUUAUUUUUGGAUAAUAACUGGGCAGAAAUUUACAAAGAAGAAAUCAAUAAAUUGAAAGAAAAACCAUUCAUUGAAAAAGUUCACUUGGAUGAUAUGGCAUACACUGUUUAUUCAUCAGGCACCACAGGAAAACCCAAAGGUAUUCAAUGCCCUCAUCGUGGAGCAGUGUUCUCUUACUUAUAUACUAAUUUGGCAUUUCCUUACGACGACGAUGAUCGAGAAGCUUGCAAUAUUUUUUUCAUAUGGGAAAUGUUACGACCACUUCUGAAAGGCAUUCCAGUGUUUAUAAUUCCGGACAACGUUAUUUACGAUCCUCCAAAACUUCUGAAUUUUUUGAAAGAACACAGAAUUACUAGAAUGCUAUUCACGCCAUCUUUACUUCAAGCAGUAUUGGAUACACAAGGAAGAGUUUCUCUAAAUCACAGUUUUAAAACAAUGAAACAAAUCUGGCUAUGCGGCGAAGUGGUAACAACAAAUUUACGCAAUCGUAUUGCAUCCGCUUUUCCAUGGGUGAAAAUUCUAAACCUUUAUGGCAUUUCUGAAUGUCAUGAUGUAUCCUGUGCGGAUCUUACAGAAGAAUAUGGGCUAGAAGGACGAACGUAUUGUCCUGUGGGCAAAAUAUUCAAUGGUGUUCACGUUUUAGUGAUGGAUGAAAACCAUAACAUCAAAUCAAUAGGAGAUGCGGGCGAAAUCUACGUAGGAGGACCAACUUUGGCCUUAGGUUAUUUAAACAGACCGGAAUUGAAUGAACAGAGGUUCAUCAAAACUCCUGCCCAUUUAGUAGAUGCUUAUGGCGCACGUUUAUACAGAACCGGUGAUUGGGGAUAUUUACUUAGCGAUGGGACUUUGGAGGUUAUUGGACGAUGCGAUUCAAUGGUGAAAAUUCGAGGAUAUACUGUCGAAUUAAAGGCGAUUGAAAAUGCUUUACUAGGCAUCUCUGAAGUGAAUAUGGCCUGCGCUUCAGUAAUUGGUGAAGAAGGCAGUAAUAAAUUUGUAGCAGCAUACGUCGUGCUUAAUAAAGGAUGUUCUAAAAAUAUAAAUUGUAUACGUUCCAAGCUUAAAGGACAGUUACCAUUUUAUAUGAUUCCUUCCCAAUUUGUGUUUCUGAACAAAAUCCCCAUCUUGGACAGUUCAGGGAAAAUCAAUAGAAAAGAAUUACCAUCAAUUCAAGGAUUUAAUCAAGAAAAUAUAAACGUCGAAAAUUUCACAAAUACGACAGCAAAAUCAAUAGCGAAAAUCUGGUGCAAAGUGCUGAAAAUUUGUACAUUGGAUGAGACUGAUAAUUUUUUUGAUUUAGGAGGCCAUUCUUUACUAGCAGCUGUUGUUGUUGGACGAAUAAAUGAUACGUUUCAAACAAAUUUAUCAACGUUGGAUUUAUACACGAAUCCUACCAUCGAAUCUCUAAUGACAAAAAUCAUCACUGGAGGAAACAGCCACCAGAAUAGAAUCAAUUUGAUUGAAGAAAUGAGCAAUUUGACGAUCACACAAAUAUCAAAUCUAAAACUACGUUUAUUUUGGAAGUCGGUAAAUUUAACCAGGAAUAAAUUUCAAAGAGGAAAUGUUCUACUAACUGGUGCAGCUGGAUAUUUAGGAUCAUUUGUUUUAAAAUAUUUAUUACAAAAUACCCAAACCAUAAUUUACUGCUUAAUACGAUCUUCAAUUGAACAAACAUCCCAACAACGUCUUGAAAAUAUAUUAGAAAGCAGAAAAAUUUCAAAGGAAUAUCUUCAAGCUCGUAUAGUUUUAAUUACAGGUGAUAUUUCACUCCAUAAAUUUGGACUGGACAACAUCGAUUACAUAUCACUUUCUCAAGAUAUCGAUGUAGUAAUUCAUUGCGCUGCCAAAGUCAAUCUAAUCCUUCCAUUUAGCGCUUUAUACUCGUCAAAUGUAAUAGGAACUCAAACAGUGGUAUCUUUUUGUAUGGAAGGCCGAUUGAAACCCUUACAUUACAUAAGCACCACCGAUGUUUUUCCAGAAAAUUUGACGAACUGCUCUGAAAAUAGCAACAUGUUGAAUCAUGCAGAUCAAUUAAACUAUGGCUACGGUCAAACCAAGUGGUUAUCUGAACAGAUUGUUUUUUCAGCUGCAAAAAAUGGUUUACCAGUCAUCAUCACUAGAUGUGGUAAUAUUGCUGGUAGUCGGAUUAUGCCAAUUUGGAACAAUGAUGACUCAAUUUUGUCAAUUUUGAAAGCAGUGAUUUCAUCACAAACUGCACCAGACAUAAAUUGGAAGGUAGAAUUAUCACCAGUUGAUUUUGUUGCUGAAUCAAUCGUUGAAUUAACAACAAAUGUAACUAAUCAAUUUGGAAAAGUAUUUCAUUUCGUUAAUUCUGAUACAAUGGAUUGCAGAGAAAUAUGGAAUUUUUUGAACCAAACCGGUUACAAUAUAAACGUAGUUCCUUAUGAUCAAUGGAUAAAAGCAGUUGAAAAAUCAUCGAAAUACCUUACAGAACUCGAAUCAUUUGUUCAAUUACUAAAUACUCGAUUGAAAACCGAAGAUUACUUAUGCAACGCUUCAACAUUUAGACAAGAUAACGUAGAUAAAUUCUUGUCACAAAUUGGCACCCAAUAUCCCCAAUUCAAUGAAACAUUAUUGGACAUAUAUGUCACAAAUUUAAUCAAAGGUGGAUACAUCCCAGCUCCUGCAAUCAAGUCAAUUUUUAAUAAUUCACUGGUCAAUACUACCCUUCCUUAUCUCGAAGGAAAAAUAGCGUUGGUUACCGGAGCAUCGUCAGGUAUAGGUAGAUUGAUAGCUAAAACAUUAGCUCAAUCAGGAGUACUGACGGUAGCUGCAGCGAGACGAAUAGACCGACUCAAAGAACUAGAAAUGGAAUUAAAAAGUCAAAAUAUUAAUUCACUAGUACCGAUGGAAAUGGACGUAACUGACAAAAAACAGGUAUUUUCACGCAUUUCGCGAGUAAAAUCCACCAUAGGACCGAUCAGUAUACUGGUGAAUAAUGCUGGAUUAAUAGAUUAUUGUAAAAUGAUCAAUUGCGAAUUGGAUAUCUGGGUAAAUAUGGUGAAUGUGAACUGUAUCGGAUUACUAAACGUUACUGCAGCAGUUUUACCUCAUAUGAAAGACAUUGGAUCUGGUCACGUGGUUAAUAUUACCUCCGAUGCAGGCAGAAAGCCAUUCGCUGGUUUAGCAGUAUAUUCGGGUACAAAAUUUUUCAGUGAAAGUGUAUCAGAAGCGAUGAGACAAGAAGUAGCCACUGAUAAUAUCAAAGUAACUUGUAUCCAGCCAGGUGAUACUGUUUCAGAACUUCUAGACAGAUCAGCCAACUUAGAAAUACGAAAAGAAAUGUUCACUGAGGUUCCAUUUUUACAACCCGAACAAGUCGUGAAUGCUGUAAUUUUCGCUCUAAAUCAACCAGCAAACUGCGCGGUUAAUUCGAUCCUGAUCGAGCCAAUCGGCGCACCGAUCUAAUCGUAAAUAAAACCAAGCUGUAUAAAAACAUUUCUAAAAAAUUAUAUUCUAUAGUUAUAAUUUAGUAGUUUUUUUAAAAUAAUACAUUUUUCGUCAUCAUGAUAUUUUCUCGUUUGUUUUUAAGUACUCCACUUGAAAGUUAUAAUAGAAGUUAAGCAUACAUUUAAAAAAAAAAAGAAAGAAAAAGAA